GGAGGGGGAGGAGGAGGAGCAGCAGGCGCAAGGCAACAGCGAGGCUGGCAGGCAGCGCCAGAGCGAGGCACGUACCGCCAGUGAAUGAGCCCGAGCCGAAGAGAAGCAACAGGAGGAGGCGGACAGCUGCUGGGCAAGGGAGCUGCCAGGCGCUGCGAAGGACUCGCGGCCACCAGGGCGCCCGCUGCUUGGGCGAGGCAGCGCUGGGAAGGGAGAGAGACGCCGGCCGGGCAAGGCAGAGCCAGGGGCUGGAGAAGAGCGCGCGGGAAGAAGCAGGAGCCACAGGCGACAGGGCGGAGCGCGGCGGCGGCGGCAGCGGGCAAGAGUCGGGAAAGCGGACCCGCCGGGGGGAAGCGCAGGAGACACGCAGGAGGGCAGGCAUGGCUUUCUGAAGGAGAAAGAAGGACGGAGCGGGGAGAAGGAAGGGCGGCCGAGGAGGAUGCGCGGAAGACCUCGGCAAAGCUAGACGGCCCGGCCGGCUGCCUUUCUCCCCAGCGGGCGGGCGAGGGUCUGGCUCCAGCAGGGGAGCGCUCAGCGUGGAGCACGGGCGGGCGGCGGGGAUGCGAGGGGCGGAGGAGCCGCUGCCUAUGGCCGCACCGCGCGCUGCUGCUGGUGCUGGUGGCUGCCGAGAGGCGCCGGAGGAUGAGCGGGCGGCACCUGCAGCUGCCGCCCAGGAGGAGAGGAGCAGCAGCGGCAGUUGCUGUUGCAGCAGCGAGCGCCUGGUGAUCAACAUCUCCGGGCUGCGCUUCGAGACGCAGCUGCGCACCUUGGCCGUCUUCCCCGACACGCUGCUCGGGGAUCCCAGCCGCCGCGUGCGCUACUUCGACCCGCUCCGCAACGAGUACUUCUUUGACCGCAACCGGCCCAGCUUCGAUGCCAUCCUGUACUACUACCAGUCUGGCGGGAGGCUCCGCAGGCCGGUCCAUGUGCCCCUGGACAUCUUCAUGGAGGAGAUCCGCUUCUAUCAGCUGGGCCAGGAGGCCAUCGAGACCUUCCGCGAGGACGAGGGCUUCAUCCAGGAGGAGGAGAAGCCUCUGCCCCAGCAGCACUUCCAGCGCCAGGUGUGGCUUCUUUUCGAGUACCCGGAGAGCUCCGGGCCGGCUCGAGGCAUCGCCAUUGUCUCGGUGCUGGUCAUCCUGAUCUCGAUUGUCAUCUUCUGCCUGGAGACUUUGCCCGAGUUCCGUCAGGAAAGCAAAGGGCCAUCUGUGAAUUAUGGAGACAGCACUCAGAUAGGUUUCCAGAAGGACCUCCAGGAUGAGGACUCUGUGUUCUCAUUGCCACAGCAGCCUGAUGGAGGGACCCCACUACCCCUUAGGCCCCAGUCGAGUGCUAGUCCAUUCUUCACUGACCCCUUCUUCCUAAUAGAGACACUUUGUAUCAUCUGGUUCUCUUUUGAGUUGCUGGUGCGCUUCUUCGCCUGCCCCAGCAAGCCCGAGUUCUCCAGGAACAUCAUGAACAUCAUUGACAUUGUAGCCAUCAUUCCUUACUUCAUCACGCUGGGCACAGAGUUGGCCCAGGAGCAGCAGAAGAAGGAGCAGCCGGGCAGCACCAGCAAUGGGGGCCAGCAGCAGGCCAUGUCCUUGGCCAUCCUCAGAGUCAUCCGCCUGGUCAGGGUCUUCAGGAUCUUCAAGCUAUCCAGGCACUCCAAGGGGCUGCAGAUCCUGGGAAAGACUCUACAAGCCAGCAUGAGGGAACUGGGACUCCUCAUCUUCUUCCUUUUCAUUGGAGUGAUUCUCUUCUCCAGUGCUGUGUAUUUUGCAGAGACUGAUGAUCCAGAAUCUUUGUUUACUAGCAUCCCGGAUGCUUUCUGGUGGGCAGUGGUGUCCAUGACCACAGUGGGCUAUGGAGACAUGUAUCCUAUGACCAUUGGGGGCAAGAUUGUUGGGUCGUUGUGUGCCAUUGCUGGUGUGCUCACCAUUGCUCUGCCAGUACCUGUCAUUGUAUCCAACUUCAAUUACUUUUACCAUCGAGAAACUGACCAAGAGGAGCAGUCCCAAUAUACCCAUGUCAGCUGCGGCCAGCAGCAGUCUCCUUUCUCUGAGCCCAAGAAAGGUGACAGCAACCAGUCACUUAGCAAGUCUGACUUUCUGGAAGCAGACGAUUUAGAAUCCAUGAAGUACUCCAACUUUAUUCCAACUAGCAAUCAAGCCUAUAAAGAGAACAAACUGUUGACAGAAGUGUGAUUGGUUCAUGGGAUGUGAAGGUCACAGAGGAACUCUCUGGCUCCAUCACCCUCAGCCCAGCCUGCUGGCUCGAAGCUGUAUAGCCUCAAACUGCAUUUUAGAAGCAGAGGAAUGACAAAAACACCUGUGGGUGUCAAUGGAAAUGAUUUGUGCUCCUCGGAACAAAAGGCUGCUGUGAUUUGGAUACUGAUGUCCUCAUUUGCUUUGCCUCUUUAGCGUCUGCAAUCAGUUGUUUUAUUCUCUCUUCCAAUCAUGGGGUGCCACCUGUUGUGUAUCCAUUGUUUCCCCCCCCCUUCCUGGAGGAGGGGAACAUUUAUCCAGUAACUGCCCUAUGGAUUAAUAUUAUUGCCUUGUCUACAAACAGCAACAAAAGCAAAAUGCCAAGCCAAGUUUGCAAUUAGACGAAAUAUUAGCGACCUGGGUUGCAUCCACAACUGGCUGAUCCUGUGCCAAGGAGUUUCUCUGCCAGCAUUAUAUCCUUGGCUGCCAGAUCAGUCCCAGCUACUGGGCUGUUGCCUUUGAGUGAUGGGAACUCUGUAUCCAGAAUUGCAGUAUGCUCUCCAGUAGUGGUAGUGGGGGAUCAGCAAUAUUUUCUUUGGUUAAGAUUCUGGGUUAUAUGGUGCUGCUUGUUUGAGAAUGCUCAGCUCUGAAGAGCAUAGUUAUUUGUGAUGAAAUUCUAUCAUCUCCUGCAGCUGGUUGAAAAACAGGGCAGGCUCAACCUAUUUUGCUGGCCCCUCUGAAGAUUCAUUUUGCCAGCUUCCCUUCCCUCUGCAUCUUGUUGAGAGUGGGAAAUAUUGUUUCCUAUUUAGGAUUUUCUUGAUUGUAGUAGCCCCUGUUCCAUUCAGCUGAAUGAAAGGAAAUGUAGGUGGGAGUACUGUGGGGCAGGACACCCCUUCUCUUUACCCCAGACAUUUGUAGGACAACAAGAUCUGGAAUGGAAGAGAAAUUGCAUUCCCUUGUCAAGGGCUUUCCCAAUUGCACCUCCUUUCCUCGUGUUCCUCCUGGACAGUACAGGUUAUUGGAGUGAGAGGGGGGAUCAUUUCCUCCUGUAAGGGGUUUCCAAGUUAGUUUGGAAUCAAUGGAAUUCUGUCUCCCAGGCACCACCUGUACUGUCCCUUGAGCUAGGCUGGUCCUUUCAAAAUGAGUGCACAAAUCUAAGCACAGCAAUUCCUUAUUCUCUCCCACUCUGUGAUACAAGUUUGAGCUGGAUUCAUUUUGACUUCUAAGAGUAUCUUGGUUUCAUGUGGGCAUUAUUUUCUUUUUUGUGCCUUUUUGUUUUGUUUUGCAGGAAACAGGGUUGCGGCCCAGAUGGUUAUUUUCUAGCUGCAGACUGGAGGACUGUGUAAUUGAAAUGAAAUAUACUUGAUGUUCCAUGAGUCCAUUUCUGCAGUUAGAGAAAUGGACUAAUUGCUUAUGUCAGAGCAGGGCUGAAUAUGGAUAAUAGAAAAAGACAGCUGACAGUGAAUUUCUGUAGCACUUGUUUGGGUGAUAUAUUACGUACAAUGAACACAUGUAGUAGGAGUGACCUAUGACCACCCUCUGACCUAUGCAUGUUUAUUCUCAAAUUAAAAAGACUCCCGUGCAUUAGGCUGUA